AGGGUGAGCAGGAAACAAGUCACGAAACGUAACGUACAUCUAAAAUAGGAAGAGCUCUGGGGCUGUGCAAGGCUGCUCUCUUGUUUCCUCCUUUCUACCUACUCUGCUGAAACAUCGCAUUCUCGAUAUAAUAAAUCACUUAUUUUUGAAAGUAUAGAUGAUGCAAGACUUCCUGCUGCGAGUGUUUGUGGUGACUCUGGGCAUCCUGACGUAUCCCAGAGAGGACCCCGGGUUUGAGGAAUGGGGCGAUAUCGACACAGUUGGGGUGCAAGACGAGAGGCUGCUGAGAGGGGAACAGAAAAUGGAACAGGAAAUUGCACCUGUGAGUGACAAAAUGACGCACGCUGACAACAUGGGGCCUCAAGAUAAUUUGAAGUAUGUUCCUCACAAACAGAAUCAGUCUGAUCAACGUGUCACAGAGAAAGAUAACAUGUCAGAUCCGCGUGUCACCGGAGAGAAGACAGGAGACGAUCACAAAUUACUGCAGGAACAUUUAGCUACAACGGAUCCAGGACAAGACGGUCAGACUGAUGGGUCCUUUAGAGAAAAGCCUGAGAGGGAAAUGUUAAGCUCCAGAGAACAAGAAGAGCCUUUUUCACACGUCAAGACAUCAGACAAUGACACUUCAGAGAAACUUGCAGAGUGGGAGAGAGAUUACCUUUGGUACAUUUGGAACGCAUACUCCAUCAUUUCUAUCAUCUGCUUCCUCAAGAAAUACCUGAGGAGAAAUUCCCAAACGAUACAAAACAAACUCAAAGCAUCCUCAGUUACGUACACUGUGGAUGGCGUUCAGCUUCCGGACAGUCGCACUCUGCAGCAGUUUCAUGCUAAAUAUGUUCGUAUCCCAUCUGAGAAGAAGUGGAGGGAGGAGGAGUUUUUGGAAGGAUUUGCGUAUGACCUACUGGAGGCCAUGGAGAGCAUCUGUGAUAAGAAUGGCGGUAUGAUGAUUGAGGACUUUCAGAUGGGGCAAGACUACAACAUCAUCGUCCCUUUUACCCCACCUAAGCCAUAUAGUUUUCAGUGUCAGCUCUGGAACAACCAGCCAAGCGACACGUUGUCAGAUAUGCAGGUGUGGGGCCAAAUAAAGCUGGUGGAAAAUAAGAAAAUCCCAAAUGGCUGCCCCUGUCAGUCAGCUGACAUCGAUGAUGACACCGUCUGCCUGCUGCAUGGUGAGAAUGAGAAAGUAAAGACAAAAAUAACAGAUGUUUCUGAUGGCCUCCUUUGCUCGAGGGGCACGCCUUUCCUUUCAAAAUCACAGGUUACCAGGUGGUUUCAGAGCACCAUCAAGGAGGCAUGGGCACUGAUCUCACAUAAAUACGAGUUUGAGCUAAACAUUCGCUACAUUGACGCUCCCGGUUCUCUGGUCAUUCGCUUCAGAUCAGGAAAGAAGAUUAGCUUUACUAUGAAUCCUGUGGUUAAAUUUGACACUAAUGCUCAUUUCUUCAUUACACCUGAGUGCUCGAGCAACACCGACAUUUUCUGGACACUCUCCCUGUCUACGUAUGAAGACCAUCUCUUAGAACACCUCUCUAAACGCCUGCCUGAAAACUCUUGCCACAUCCAAACUCUUGAGAUUGCAUCCUUCCUUCAUCAAAAGGAGACGGUGAUGUCAGGAAGUAGCGUUCUGAAGGAUUUCCAUUUCAAGGCUGCGCUAAUGCACCUGCUUCUCACCAAAACCCCGUCACAGUGGAAACCAGAUGAAGUGGACUGUAGGCUACGCGACUUGCUGGCCUUCAUGGAGAGCAGCCUUGAGAAAAAGCUGUUGAACCACGUUCUUAUUGGCAACCCUUUGGCUGGGGUUAUUGAAUUGCCUGCCGAGUUUAAAGCUAAGUCAAUGAAUCUCUUCCAUCCCCUUGUGGUGCACAACUGUAUGUACAGGAAUGCUGUGAGCCAUUUCCAGGAGAUGCUUAGAAAUGCAGACUUGCUUAUACACGAUUAUGCUGAAUGUGCAAACGAUUUCAUCUAAACUUGUGUACCAUUCAGAUGGUAUUUUACUCAUUAGACCACAAGCAGUUGUGCUCUCCUCAUAUCAUGCAACAGAAGACGACCAGAAACAAAGCAAAUCCAUUUAUUAAUUUAACAUAUCAUUUCGAAAAUACCGCUGUCUGAGGGUCGACCUCCUCAUGUCCAGCCUUACUCCUAGCAUUCUGGUGUUAAUGUAUUUAACAAAAAAUGUCUCAGUGUCAACUACUUAUCAAACCUGCAACAUGCUGGAUGCGUCCACAGUGGAUUUCUGGAUCAUCUUUAAAUCACCAGAGAGGAUAUUCAACUGACAUUUCCUUGCCAUGACUCAUGCAACUGCAGUUAAGAACACAUGUUAACUAAGGCUACAAGUUAAACUCAGCUGUGUUCUAAAGCUGUUUAAUAGAAUGUGAAGUGUUUCUGUACUUUGGCUGUCCCGUGGUGUAAGUCUUGGAGUCAGUGAUUUUGUUUCCUGAUGCUUCAAUAGGAUGAGAAAAAGUCAGUUAUACAAAGUGGGCAGAUCAUGUUACGAAUCCUCUCUGUCUCUCUCUCUCUCUUUUAUUUUGGUUAUCAGGGAGACUUUUAUUUCUAAUAUCUUUAAUCAAACUAUAUCCAAGAAUUCCCAUUCUUCUGGUGGGAGACAGCAAUGUCUGUUAUAAUAUUGAAUGCGCCGCAUUCUGUAAAUGAUCUAUUAGUUGGUUCUAAAUAACCCUCUUUAUUUAAUAGCUCUUUUGUAGUUUAAUUAUGGAAUCUAAGUUUGAUUUAUAAACAGUUCCCCAAACCUCUACACAGUGUUGUCAUGGCAUUAUCAGUGAAGUAUAUAAUAGAUACAGCAUAAGCUUUUCUUAGUUAGUAAAUGCUUUGUUUUAUAGAGAAUAGCAAGUGACCUAGAUCAUUUUCGCUUUAUGUAUUCUGUAUGUGGUUUCCAACAAAGUUUGUGAUCUAUUAUAGUUCACAAAAGCUUUCAUUUCCAGUCCCUUUAAAUUUAAUUUUAUUUCACAUUGUUUUCUAGCUCCACUAAACAAUGUGUUUUAGUUUUAUUUAGUGACAUUUAUUCUGAUUAAACCACUGAUAGCCAGUUUCCUUGACAACACGUGUACACUGAAGCACUUAGCUGCUAUGAUAUAAUAAAAAAAAUCCUUUACACCAAAAGUCGUGUUCCUUUAAUUUGGAAAUGCAACUUCACCAUUGUUGCUACUUACAUUGUCCAAAAUCUGCAAAUGUUUUGGUUCAUAUCCAGAGCCAAUGUUCAAAUAUUUCUUUUCGCAUAGCCACUUUACACAACCUCAGAGGUCUGAAGCACAUUUUCUGCCAUCAACUGUGAUGUUUAGUUUCUAAAAGUUUGAUAGUUCAGACAUUGCUGAGGGGCUGCCACUUGCUCACACUGAUUUGAUUUCCUUAAUACUGACUGUAGAAGUUUAGCAUGUGAACAGGAGACCAGUCAUAACGUAAAAGCAUACCAUCUUGAGGUGUGACUGUGAAAGUUCACUUUGUUGGAGUAAUUUCUUAUCUGUGCCUUACUCUAGUUUGGGCCGACUUGAUAGGAACGAAACAACCUGCCACAGCAGUCAACGGAAUAUUCAUGAACAAUUUGAAUUUCGAAUGAAGCCCAUUUUAAACUUUAAUAAUGUAGGUCAAAAACAGAAAAUCCGAAGUCUUACCAAGUUACCUGGGAGAUCUACAGUGCAUAGGAAUGUGGCGCAGGGAGCAGCCAAUGUUCAAUGACUAUUUGUUUAUAAUUGAAGCAGUAUGCUCUGCUAUUAUCCGAUCUAUUAAUGAUGUACUGAAAACAGGAAAGGUCCAGCAUUGUGUAUUUUGGGUGUUUUGCCAAGAAAGUCUGGCCUAUCCUAUGUGGCCUAUGCAUUUUUAUUUAUUAUUGUUUUUACCUUUGCUGUUAUUUCUGUCAUUUUGAUUAAUAAAAAAGUUAAUAAAAA